CAUUGACCAAAUAGCAAAAUACCUCAAGCUGAGACAACAGUCAAUACUACUACUACUACUACUACUUUUUACUCUCUGAAUAUCAAGAAUAAUGGAAAUGUGUCGAAGCUAUUAUUCGGACCCACUUGCUGAUUCUUCAUCACUGUCUGAUAGUAGCAGCUCCUGUAAUAGAGCUAUCCGUUCUAAUGAAGAAGUUAUGUUAGCUUCGAAUAACCCCAAGAAGCGAGCAGGGAGGAAGAAGUUUCGAGAAACUCGACACCCAGUAUACAGGGGAGUGAGGAAGAGGAAUUCAGGCAAGUGGGUUUCUGAAGUCAGAGAACCAAACAAGAAAUCAAGAAUAUGGCUUGGCACUUUCCCUUCUGCAGAAAUGGCGGCUAGAGCGCAUGACGUGGCGGCUAUUGCAUUAAGGGGCCGUUCUGCUUGCUUGAACUUCGCAGACUCUGCUUGGAAGUUGCCUGUUCCUGCUUCCUCCGACGCCAAGAAUAUUCAGAAGGCGGCUGCCGAGGCCGCCGAGGCUUUCCGGUCAUCGGAGGCCGAAAACAUGCCGGAAUACACAGGAGAAGAUUCAAAGGAAGUGAACACUACUCCUGAAAAUAUGUUUUAUAUGGAUGAGGAGGCGCUAUUCUGCAUGCCGGGAUUACUUGCGAAUAUGGCAGAAGGAUUAAUGUUACCUCCACCUCAGUGUUCCCAAAUUGGAGAUGAUCAUAUGGAGGCUGAUAUGCCUUUGUGGAGUUAUUCAAUUUAAAUAUAGUUCUGGUUAUCACUUAGUACUUCUUUCGGAAAUCUUCCCUAUAUAUAAUUACAGUUCCUUCAAUUAAGAUUUAGGAGACUUUAAUUUGGUAAGUUUCGUACUCAUGAAUAUUUGGAUGGUACGGAUGUAUAUAGGCGUUGUGAUUUAGUAUGAUGUAGAUAGUAGUACUCCUAUGUUCUAGUGGUAGCUCUGGCUAAAUGCAAAACAUUGGCCUAGGCAGAAAAAAAAACAUUAGCUUUGUGAAUUUCAAGCCAUUGUAUUUGAAUGAAAAAAGUGCGCGCAAGUUAACUUA